CCACAAUCUCAAAUGUCAAGCAGUAUUUCUAAAGCGCGGGCUUUCUACACCGUCUUAAAUAUAAAAACUAACUAUUUAAAAGCCUAAAUUAAUACAACUGAUCAUCCAUAACAAUAAUACAAGAAUUCCUAGAAAUAAGAAAAAUUUAAAUCAAAUAAGCUCACGACAAAAUGAAGGAAACCAUUGAGAAUGGAGAUGCCAAAGAGCUGCCUAAGUAUGAUCCUAGCAGCUUACCGGAUAUGCUUCCUGUUUAUUACAAACGAUUGUUUCCACACAAACCGUUUUAUCGAUGGCUUUCCUAUGGCUUGUCUGAACCAGGAAUUUUUUCAAAUCGAGAAAUUUCUUUCACUUUGGGAGAUGAUAUUUAUAUACGUUAUCUUUGCUAUGACACAGAAUCUCAGAUGGAAAAGGAUAUUUGUGCUAGAAACCCCAUGAAGAUUGAUAUUGGAGCUGUGAUGCAGAAUAAACCAGCUGUCUUGCGAAUGUCUUCAAAGUCCAUGGUCCCUGUGCAACGUGAAUUGGUCUUCGAUAUCGAUAUGACUGACUACGACGAUGUGCGAACGUGCUGCGAAGGUGCUGCGGUGUGUCUUAAAUGCUGGAAGUUCAUGACUGUGGCAUGUAAGAUCUUGGAUUUGGCACUGCGAGAAGACUUCGGCUUCGAACAUAUUUUAUGGGUAUUCUCCGGUCGUCGUGGUAUUCAUUGUUGGGUAUGUGAUCAUAGUGCUCGUCAUUUGGAUUCGAAAGGGCGCUCUGCAGUUGCUGAGUAUAUGCAAAUAGUUAGCCAUGCCGUGAGUGGAGAUAAUAAUAGUAGCGUCCGAGCUGUAAUUGGCGAACGAAUGCAUCACAGUAUUAAACGUGCCUUAAAAAUUAUUGAACCAAUGUUCGAAGAGGUUGUCCUUGAAGAUCAGAAUCUGUUUGGGAGUGCGAAGGGUGUUGGGAAGCUUUUGCAGAUGAUUCCAGAAGAGAAUGCUCGCAAAGAAGUCGAAGCUCAUUUGAAAAAGUUCGAGGGAGCCAACUCGAAGACAAUUUGGACAAACUUCAUCCGAUUUGUGAACUCGAUGCGCAGUCAAUCGACAUCAACGGUUUGGACGAGAAAAAUGAGAAAUAUCGUGGAAGAGAUUCAAUUGGCUGUGAUGUAUCCACGUUUGGACAUAAAUGUCACCAAAGGAUUCAACCAUUUGCUGAAGGCUCCUUUUUGUAUUCAUCCAAGCACUGGAAAGUUGUGUGUUCCAUUCAAUGCGAAUUUGGCUUCGAAGUUUGAUCCGACAGCAGUGCCGACGAUAGUUUCUCUGAUGGAGGAAAUCAAUGUCUACGAUGAAAAGAACAAGGACGAAGAUGCUCCUCAAGACAAAAGUCGUAUCAAAGACUUUAAAAAGACUGGCAUGUUCAAACCUGUGGUAGUUUUUGAAGAAUUCCUGCGAAAACUUGAGAAGAGUUACAAGUCAAGGGCAAUCGAAGUAAGCGAUACAACUCUGGAGUUUUAAAAAUUAUACCUACGCAAUUAAAUUAAAUAUUUGUUAUUUUAA